AUGGUAAAUGAUAUAACUUUAGAAGGCCUUAUGUGGAGGGAGGAAAUUGAAUUUCUUGGAGAAUGUUCAACGGAAGACGAGUGUAAGACAAUCGCUUCGUUCUGUAUUACGAAACAAUGUCAGUGUAAUGUGACAGAUUAUUACCACUCAUCAGACGACACCUGUCUUCCAAAAAUUGAAUAUCUUGGAGAAUGUUCAACGAAAGACGAGUGUAAGACAAUCGCUUCGAACUGUAUUACGAAACAAUGUCAGUGUAAUGUGACAGAUUAUUACCACUCACCAGACGAUACCUGUCUUCCAAAAAUUGAAUUUCUUGGAGAAUGUUCAACGAAAGACGAGUGUAAGACAAUCGCUUCGAACUGUAUUACGAAACAAUGUCAGUGUAAUGUGACAGAUUAUUAUCAUUCAUCAGACGAUACCUGUCUUCCAAAAAUUGAAUUUCUUGGAGAAUGUUCAAGGAAAGACGAGUGUAAGACAAUCGCUUCGAACUGUAUUACGAAACAAUGUCAGUGUAAUGUGACAGAUUAUUACCACGCAUCGGACGAUUCCUGUCUUCCAAAAAUUGAAUUUCUUGGAGAAUGUUCGACGAAAGACGAGUGUAAGACAAUCGCUUCGAACUGUAUUACGAAACAAUGUCAGUGUAAUGUGACAGAUUAUUACCACUCAUCAGACGAUUCCUGUCUUCCAAAAAUUGAAUUUCUUGGAGAAUGUUCGACGAAAGACGAGUGUAAGACAAUCGCUUCGAACUGUAUUACGAAACAAUGUCAGUGUAAUGUGACAGAUUAUUACCAUUCAUCAGACGAUACCUGUCUUCCAAAAAUUGAAUUUCUUGGAGACUGUUCAACGAAAGACGAGUGUAAGACAACCGCUUCGAACUGUAUUACGAAACAAUGUCAGUGUAAUGUGACAGAUUAUCAUCAUUCAUCAAACGAUACCUGUCUUCCAA